AUGGCAAUUUUAAAUCAUGAAAACGUGGUGAAAUUCUUUGGUUUUGAGAAAGUGGAUGGAACAAACAAAAAGGCCAUCAUAAUGGAUAAUUGUGAAGGAAACUUGCAAGAUGCAAUUGACAACAAGCCAAAUGGUCUGGCCAUUUCCGAAGUUAUGCGUCUCGAUCAAAAUAUCGUUGGUGCAAUGGCGCGUUUACGCAGCAAAAAUGUGAUCCAUCGAGACAUAAAGCCUGGAAACAUUUUGCUUUUUCGCCAAGAAGAUGGUCAAUCAAUUUACAAAUUGACUGACUUUGGCGCAGCGCGCUUCUUGAAACCAGAUGAAACUUAUGGGUCAUUAUAUGGUACUUUCGAGUAUCUACAUCCUGACAUAUUCGGAAAGUAUUAUGCACACAAUUUGAAUAUAUUACCAGAGCAACGUUUCACCGAUGGCCACGAAUUGUGGUCAAUCGGUGUAACAAUCUAUGAAGCUAUAACUGGAGAACUUCCAUUCGAACCAAAGAAAGGUCGACAGGACCCACAAAACAUGUAUACCAUGAUAUCACAGAAAAAUAUCGACGAUAUAUGA